CCAUGCCUUCAUUUUCAGCCCCACCCCUUCUCUACCUGAGUCUCCUCCUCUUUCUGUCGUACCACUCCCCUGUUCUCUCCUGUCAGACUGGGAAUGGCAGCCAGUGUGAAUCUGCUCCCUUCGCACCAGGGCACAACCUGGUGGGGGAGGGCUUUGACGUGGUCACUCUGCGGCGUAAAGGAGCCUACCUGGUUGACGUGAAGACUUUCCUCACCCCAAAUGGCACCUGUACUCUCUGCUCCAACCCUCUUCAAGGAAACAGGCUGCAGAAACUGCCUGUCUCAGCAGUGGAUUGGCGUGCGUUCAGCCGAUGCAAUGCGGACCUCUACAGCAGUGCACACACCUCCAUUAGCUCACUGAUCAACACUUACACCUCCCAGGACAGUGAGGACUGGAAGGUUGGCUUAAACUUAGAAAAGUUUGUGUCAGCCAACCUGGAGGUGGGAGGAACACGCUCCACUGCAUAUAAGUUUGCUACAGAAAGGACCAGAGAGGACCGUUAUUCCUUCAGCACUCACAGGGUCACUUGCAAACAUUACCGUUAUCGUGCGUCAAUCAGACCACCCCUCAGCUCUGAGUUCAGUAAGGACUUGACAAGACUGCCAAGUCACUACAACUCCUCCACCAGGGCUCAGUACAGUGAGCUCAUACAGACCUAUGGCACACACUACAUCCAACAGGUUUAUCUUGGGGGGCGACUCAGGCGAGUCACAGCUGCACGCACCUGUUUGUCCUCACUGAACGGGCUCUCUUCAAAUGAGGUGCACUCCUGCUUAUCACUGGGUGUCUCUGUAGGACUAGGAAAGAUUAAAAUACCCAGCAACCGGCAGUCUUGCAACAAAGUCCUACAGAACCAGGACGUCUCUUCCUCUUACAGCUCUGGUCUCCACCAACACCACACAGAGGUGGUAGGAGGCAGUGGUUGGUUGGGGGAGUUUUCUCUCACUCAUAAUGACUCCCUGGGCUACAGGAAUUGGCUGAACACCCUUAAGGACCUGCCGGAUAUUGUCUCAUACUCUCUUAGGCCAAUGUAUAUGUUGGUGCCUAGUGAGAUGCAGAAGAGAGGGAUGAAGGCUGCCAUAGAGCAGUACUUAGAAGACAACGCAGUAAAGAAAUCACCCAGUGAACCACAAUGUGGAAGCCACACUCCUAACCAAGCUUCCAACUGCUGUCCUAAACAGACAUGGAGGGGAACACUGGUGGUGACCACCAUUCGAGCCUGGGCUUUGAAAGGGGAUCUAACUGGCUUGACUGAGGCCUAUGUUAAGAUACAGUACGGUUACUUCAAUCACCGGACUCAUAUGAUCAGGUCAAACAACCCCACAUGGAAUGCUCGUUAUAAUGUGGGCAUGGUGGACACACACUUGAGUUUGAAGAUCGAGGUCUGGGACAAGGACUUGCGCUAUGAUGACCGUCUGGUAUCAUGUGCAAGGCCUGUGAGCCCGGGAACACACAGAUUCUCCUGUUCGGACAAGAGAGGUGCCUUUGAAGUCCAGUACACUCUGACCUGCGACCGUUACCUAACUGGAGACAAGUGCAACCGUUACAAACCAUCUCCACAGUGAGAAAUGCAUUUUGGGGCCACCCUAAUAAAAAAUGACACCCUGUUGUCACAUGUAGUUAUCCUUUUUUGUAGACAGAAUGAAUGUCAACAUGUUUUUGUUUACUUGCUUUUUAAUGUGCUGUAGUUGAGCAGUUAAUUAUCUUUCUCAAAGGAGGACAUGUGAUUUAUAGAGCAGAUAUGUAUCCUGUAGCAGACACAAAUUCUUUUGUAAAAUUAACAAUUUAAUUUUAAUUUAAUGAAUUAAAUUUAUUAAUCAAUAAAUCAAAUGUGAUAUUAGAUCUAUUGAUUACUUGCUUUAAGCUCAAUGAACACUGCCAGUCACACUGAUACACUGGUAAUAACCCAAAUGACUGAGGUGUUCAUACAUUUAUUUUUCUACCAUUAAGACAAUAUUCACUUAUUUUAGUUUCUUAACAGUUCAAUCAUUUUUUUUUUCUUCACAUAAAUUACAGGUAAAUUCACAUUCUUGACUUGAUAAUCACUUUAAAAGUAAAAGUCAUAUUUUGUUUGGUUUCCAAUGGAUUAGAAUUAAAAAUGUAGCAAAAAAAUUCAACAAUCAGUGUAGUCCCAGCAAUGUCUGAAUAGUGAAUUGUGGUGGUGGGGCAGUUUACAUUUGGACUGCAGAUUGUGUAGCUGGUUCAAAUUUCAUUGUGUCAAAAUUUGUGUAACCCUGCAAAUAAAGACUGUCAAACAUG